CUCUCUUCACAGUCGCCAAGCUGUCUCCCUCCGUCCACACAGCCCGUCUCACGCCUUCAUUCAGUCAGCGGGUCGCUCCUUGCUUGCCGACCUCAGAGCCAGCCUGCUGGAGGGAAAGAGGAGAAAGGAAAAGGGUGGGGGGGAUGGAGCCAAGCAAAGGGGCCAUGGGUGGUUGAGUCUGAGAUUGAUCCCCCCCCCCCAGAACCUGGAAGCACAGCUAGACCACGAGCAAGUAAAGAAAAGGAGGAGAGAGGAAGGCCAUAACGUCAGUCCACCCCCUUCUCCAUCCGCCGUGCCGUGAUGACGUCUCAGGGGCACGUGAGCGAGGCUCUCCAGUGACGGCGCAUGGAGGGCAGGAAAGAGUUUUUAAAGCUGCUCGCCUGUUGGGUUUGCACGAGGGCUCUGCUCGCCUCCAAAACAACCACAGAACCACAGACGCGCGGCUCGAGGAGGUUGGCGUUUGCGGGCGACCCGGAGCGUAAAUGGUUAAUCGUCAAAGGCCAGCACCAGUCACAAGGACGGCGCUAAACGAGACGUGUCAGAGGUCACGGAAACCGCCGAGGAACAAAAGUGCAUCUUGCUGCAGCCACAGGCCAGCAUGGCGUCAAACAGCCUCUUCAGCACCGUGACACCAUGCCAGCAGAACUUCUUCUGGGAUCCCAGCGCCAGCCGGAGGUUCAGCCCGCCGUCCAACAGCCUCCAGUCGGUGCCGGGCAAGAUGACCGACGUGAGCUCGCCGGGAGCCGGCCAGCCCGACGCGGCGGCAACGGUGCCCCGACUGCGGGCUCAUGAGAACCGCAGCAUGGCCGAGAUCAUCGCGGACCACCCAGCCGAGCUGGUGCGCACCGACAGUCCCAACUUUCUGUGCUCGGUGCUGCCGUCACACUGGCGAUGCAACAAGACGCUGCCGGUCGCCUUCAAAGUGGUCGCCCUAGGAGACAUACCUGACGGCACGGUGGUCACAGUGAUGGCGGGAAAUGACGAGAACUACUCAGCUGAGCUGCGCAACGCCUCGGGCGUGAUGAAGAACCAGGUGGCGCGCUUCAAUGACCUGCGCUUCGUGGGCCGGAGCGGCAGAGGCAAGAGCUUCACGCUGACAAUCACAGUAUUCACCAACCCGCCGCAAGUGGCCACUUACCACAGAGCCAUUAAGGUCACCGUGGACGGACCGCGGGAGCCCCGGCGGCAUCGCCAGAAGCUGGAGGACGCGCCCAAGUCGGGCCUCUUCUCAGACCGCCUCAGUGAGCUGGAGAGGAUGAGGGUGAGGGUGACGGUGCCCGCUCAGGCCGCUCGUCCCGCACUCGCCACGGCGGCCAACACGUUCAACCCGCAGGGACAGACGCAGCUUACCGACCCGCGUCAGUCCCAGUCCUCUCCUCCCUGGUCUUACGAACAGACGUAUCCAUCCUACCUGAGUCCCAUGGCGUCCCCCUCAGUCCACUCCACCACCCCCCUCUCUUCUAGCCGAGGCACCGGCCUGCCCGCCAUCAGCGACGUGCCUCGACGUUUAACAGGGUCCUCAGACCUGAGUCCCUUCCCGGGUCAGUUUGAACGGCAGUUCCCGGGCCUGUCGUCGCUGACGGAGAGUCGCUUCAGCAGCCCCCGCAUGCACUACCCGGCCACCUUCACCUACACGCCGCCCGUCACCUCGGCCAUGUCGCUGGGCGGCGCCCACUACCACACGUACCUCCCGCCGCCCUACCCGGGCUCCACCCAGAGCCAGAGCGGACCCUUCCAGACCAGCAGCACCCCCUACCUGUACUACGGCGCCUCGUCCGGCUCCUACCAGAUCUCCAUGGUGCCCGGAGGGGACCGCUCGCCGUCCCGCAUGGUGCCGCCGUGCACCAGCGCCUCCACGGGCACCACGCUGGUCAACCCCAACCUGCCCGGCCAGACCGAGGGCGGGGUGGACGGCGACGGGAGCCACAGCAACUCCCCCACUGUCCUCAACCCGGGCGGCCGCAUGGAUGAGGCCGUGUGGCGGCCAUACUGACGACAGCACGUGACUGAAAGGACUUCUUUUUUUUUUUUCCCAACAAACAAACUCCUGACUUGUGCGAACUCGUCUUCCUGGAAUGUCGGGAAGGAAAAAAGGCUCGCAGCAAACGAGCGACCAGCAGCUAACUCAAUAAGGGAAGCCUUUUAUUUUGUACCCAAAGCUUUUUUUGCAUGUUUUCAUAUGGGACAGACGCACUGAGAGGACAGUUAUUUAAAGAGUACAUUGCUUCCUGUUAACUUAUGAAGCCAUAACUUAUCGAUUUUCAAAACUUGAGUCUUUGCAACGAACUUAAAAAAGUGACCUAAUUUAAGACUUUUGUUCUUCCCAAAGAUGAGCGAGUCCAAGCUUGGAUAUUUAUUGAGCGCCACAUCGUCCUUCAGUUACUACGAUCCUCACACGCACACCUUGGACGCUACGUCCUGCAUACAAUCAGUGAAGUCGCAAUAAAAGAACUCAGGACCAAAAUACCCCAACACACACACACACACACACUUGUUUAUUGAUUUCCAAAAAAAGACAACUUUGUGAAAGUUUGUCAGAGUGUUUGACGCUCGCCUCGUCUUCCUUCCUUUUUGUCCUAGAUAAUUGACAAAGCACUUAUUUUUCAUCUCCUUUGGAACGUCUCAAGACCUCAACCUGUUGCCUGAUUGGCUCAUAACUGUGUCGUCCUCCGUAAUCAUGUUUGAUGUACCAAAUGUUCUUAAAUUUAGUAGCAUUUUGUAUCAGCGAUUUCUUUUUUCAGAUGAAUUUCCAAAAAAAGGUUGUUUGAUAUUCCAAAGAGUCUGAAUUUUGUAAGAUUCUCUAUAAAAGGGGUGCAAUUGGUGAAAGAAAAAUCAAAAAAUUAGGUUUCCUUUGUAGCAUUAUUAUAAUUAAAGUACCAAAGACUGUCACACACACACUAGGUGUGGCGAAAUUAUUCUCUGCUUUUGACCCAUCACCCUUGAUCACCCCCUGGGAGGUGAGGGGAGCAGUGGGAAGCAGCAGUGGCCGCGCCCAGGAAUUAUUUUUGAUGAUUUAACCCCCAAUUCCAACCUUUUGUACUGAGUGCCAAGCAGGGAGGUAAUGAGUCCCAUUUUUAUUAGCAAUCUUUGUGAAAUUCUCUAUAGAAUUCAAGUAUCAUUUUUGAGUGUGACCUCACUGCCAGCUUCUCCAUUUGUUGUUCCACAAAAUAUUGUUUGAAUCAUUGUUGGAGGAUUUUCUACCAAAAUAAAUGCUGUCUAAUUUAGGGGGGGAAAAUAUUUUUGCUGGGUCAAAAAAUUUAAUUAAAUCAAAUUGACUUUGCUUAUAGCACAUUCUUCAAAUACUUUUGUCUAAUUUGGUUCAAAAAUGGUUUAACUGGCAGCUUUUCAAGGUACAUCACCUUGUUCCAAAAAGUCAGAAAAAAGCCAAAACAAUAUUUUCAUAUGAAAUUAUGUAAAUUUAAUGAAUUUGUUCGACACACUCCCAAAAAAACACAUUGUAUGAAAAAAUACAGUUUUAUAUGCAGAAAACAAUGUGAAAUACAUUUAAAUAAUCAAUGAAAUAUAUAAAAAUAAACAUUUAACACAAUGUUGACCUUUAUUGAAGAUGGAAUGAACCCAGGGGAGGGAUACACAAAGAUUUUCUACUAAAAAUGAUUUCUUAAUAGUGUGGUUCACCUUCUUUACCAAAGUGCUGGCACUCACAACUUUUUGGGACCCCAUAUUGGACAAUUUUGCAUUUGUACUCCAUUAAGGAUAAGCACAGACACUCAAUUACACUCAGCACUCCAUUGUGCAAAGUGAUAAACAGACGACAGUAGUUUGUUUAGACGACAGUCGUUUGUUGGCUGUACAAGAACUGAGACGGUAUACAAAAAGUGAAGUUUGACUGUACUUGAAAAGGUGGCCAUCUUUGUGCAAUGUUUUUCACUAGGACUAUAUUUAAUUUCAUACAUUUGCGUUACAAAUGUUUUUGUGAUUUCCAACUAAACUCAGAGAAAAAUGUUUUUGUUUUUUUAACUGGGACCUCAACUGGACAAUAUUUUGCACUAGCAGCGCUACAAUCUUAAAAAAAAUACCAGGUGGAAAACUUUUUAUACAUUUUUUUUAAGGAGCUGUGUGACAUUUAAAAGAAGCAAAGUAUGUAAUUAAGCACUUAUGUACACACACACACACACAAAUUAUUGUAUUUGUUAUCUUUUUGAGACCUCCGGAAAUGCCUACAUCUUUAGAACCACUCUUUCUAGAUAUAUAAAGAUCAUUAAUAAUAUAUACGUACUAUGCAAAUAUAAAAAAGCUUGUUGUGAAAAAAUAGUUGGAAUUUCACAAGAAAAACUUUGAAUUUUAGCAGUAUUAUAAAAAGUCCUCAUUUUACUCGACGGAAGUCAAAAUUUUACAAGAAAAACUGAACAUUUGUGCAAUAUUAUGAUAAAAGUUGGAUUUUUACCCAAUAACAGUAGCAAUUUUACAAGAACUGCUUAAAAUUUUGGCAAUUUUUAUGAAAAGAGUCAUAAUUUUACUCGACAAAAGUCACAAUUUUAUAAGAAAACUUAAAAAUGUUGACAAUAUGAUAAUAAUAAUAAUCAGAAUUUUACUUGGGGAAAUUAUGACAAUAGUCAUAAUUUUACUCAAAAAAAUUCACUAUUUUUCAACAACAACAAAAAAAUUGGCAAUAUUGUGAUAAAAGUCAUAGUUUUAUAUGACAAAUGUCACCAUUUUGCAUUAAAAAGUAAUAACUUUACUUAAAAAAGUAAUCAUUUUACGAGAAAAUUUUGCAAUAUUACAGAAACAGAAACAAUAUGAGAAAUUGUUCCCAAUUUAAUAAGAAAUAAGUCGACACAUUGUGAGAAAGACUGCUUUUAGUUAAUUUAUUUUAGUAAUUGGUUUUCUAUCUUCAUUAUUUAAUUGAAGUUAUUACAGUAUGUCUCUAUAUACAAAUUUACUAAAAACAUUCUUAUACAUUUUGGCCGAAGGCGGCGUAUUUCAAACUCUUACAAACACUGGUUAUUUCAUAUUCUGGCCAGUGGAGGAGCACUGCAAAUGUUUACACACACUUGUUAUUUCAUAUGUUGACCAGAAGGGGAGCGAUUUUAAAACUGACACAGAGUCAAUUUAAAAAAUCCCUCCUUUUUGGGACCACCCUAAUUUUGAUAGAUUUCACCACCAGGGGUGCAAAUGAGACAUUCCGUAUUGGGACCAUGAUUUUGGUCCUUACUUGUUGACUGAAGUGCUUUUCCUUGUUGAUGUCUCAAAAAGGGUAGAAAUACAAGAACACUCACACACAUAGAGGACAGCACAUGCUAAUACUGUCGACAUUGUUUGGUUUCCAUCCAAUAUUAAGUAGAAGCAUAUUCAAGUUAUUCUCUUGGAGGAAUAAAAUGACAUUCCAUUCCCUCCGCUUCAUCAAAGUAUUUGUCUUGUAACUCCAGAAAGCAAUUAAAAAAACUUUUGGAUAUAUUUUAUAAAUACAAAAUAUAACAUGCCUUUUCACAGAUAACGACCAACAUGUGUCGGAAUCUCCAAAUGUUUUCCAAAAGUUUUUUUGUUGGUGUUCUUUUGUUUGUGGUGUCGUGGAUCAAAAUGUUUUAUGUCUUGGAAUUAUGUUAUCCAGCUCUUCUUUCAUCAAUGGUGACCCCGCCCACUGCCCAAAUAAGGUCAUUGGUUUUAGUCCUUUCCUCCUCUUAAAGGGACAGCGACAAGCGUGCGUGAAAUUGGCUAUGUGAUGAUUGUACAGUUUGUUUACUUCAGGAAUAAACCCGGACUUUUCUUACCUUC